AUAAAAAGUUAGAGGACCCCGCAGAGAGGCAAGUUGAAUGUUUUCGUGACUUUGAACUGCCCCAAAAAGACACUGAAAAAAUGGUAAUUGCUAUAGGAUUUGAAGGAAGUGCCAAUAAAUUGGGUGUGGGAAUAGUUAGAGAUGGAGAAGUGCUGGUCAAUGUCCGCAGAACAUAUAUAACACCGCCAGGAGAAGGAUUUCUGCCACGGGAAACCGCACAGCACCACCGCAGCAAGAUCAUUGAGUUAUUGAAAGAAGCCCUGCAUGACUCCAAGUUAUCUCCUCAAGACAUCGAUGUGGUGUGCUAUACAAAAGGGCCAGGAAUGGCACCUCCAUUGCUCACAGUGGCUAUUGUGGCCAGGACAGUGGCUCAAUUGUGGGACAAGCCUAUCCUCGGUGUGAAUCACUGCAUCGGCCACAUUGAGAUGGGAAGAUUGAUCACUAAGGCUCACAAUCCCACGGUUCUGUACGUAAGUGGAGGGAACACACAAGUAAUUGCAUAUUCCAGGAAACGGUAUAGAAUCUUCGGGGAGACUAUUGAUAUUGCAGUGGGCAAUUGUCUCGACAGAUUUGCCCGGAUAAUUAAAUUAUCCAAUGAUCCAAGUCCUGGAUACAACAUUGAGCAAUUGGCCAAAAAGGGCCAGAAAUACCUUCCACUACCGUAUUCAGUCAAAGGCAUGGACGUCAGCUUCUCAGGUAUUCUAUCGUACAUAGAGCGACAUGCAGUUCCACCGAAAAAUCCCAAGCAGAAAGCUUUAGAGCAGUGGUCACCCGAGGAUCUCUGCUUUUCACUGCAGGAAACGGUCUUUGCCAUGUUGGUGGAGACCACGGAACGAGCCAUGGCUCACUGUGGUUCCAAUGAGGUGUUGAUUGUGGGUGGAGUGGGAUGCAACGAACGCCUACAGGAGAUGAUGGGAAUUAUGUGUGAGGAAAGAGGAGCCAAACUCUUUGCCACCGACGAGCGUUUUUGCAUAGAUAAUGGCGUGAUGAUUGCGCACGCCGGGGCUGAGAUGUUCAGAAGUGGCACUAGGAUGCCCUGGAAAGAGGCCACAGUUACGCAGCGCUUCCGCACUGACGACGUCGAGGUAAGUUGGAGAGAUGAUUGAAGUUGUAUCACUUGUUUUAUUUAAUAAAAACAUAAAUGAAGGAGAA